UUUAGUUUUCGAACCGAAUCGCGUGCCGAGUGGCGUGCGAAACACUAAUUCUAGUCCCGGGUCCGCGAUCGAACCUUUGAAAACAGGUAAAAUGGUCGCCCUGCGAGUGGCUGUUCUUCUGGCAGCCUGCGUGUCCUUGGCCUCCGCCGGAGCUCGUCAGCUGGCCGUGGAUGUGCAGCCGCCGGUCACUUUGGCCACCGAGCUGGGGGACUACCGCCUUGCGGAACACAUUUAUCCUGUGAACUACAACAUUACCCUGAAACCGUAUCUGCUGGAGAGCGAUGGCAACAAGAGAUUCACCUUCGAUGGCGAGGUCUAUAUCGAAAUAGUUCCGAAUAAGACCACCUCGGAAGUGUACCUGCACUCGAAAAAUCUCAUCUAUUCGGUCAGCGAGUACUGGCAAAAGCCAGCGGCCGGCGUGGCCAAUCCAACACCCACGAAGUUCGGCACCAACGUGACCAACUCUGAUACGGAUAUUGUGAAGCUCCCGACCACCGUCGCUCUGACCGAAAAGACCACAUAUAUCCUGCAUUUCGUUUACACCGGUCUGAUGGAGGACGAUAUGCAUGGAUUCUAUCGCAGCUACUAUGUGGACGACAACAAUGUGACCAAGUGGCUCGGAUCCACUCAGUUCCAGACCCACCACGCCCGCCGCGCCUUCCCCAGCUUCGAUGAGCCCCAGUUCAAGGCCUCCUUCGAUGUCACACUGAAGCGCCACAGGACCUUCAACUCGGCCAGUAACACCCGACUGAUCUCAUCCUAUCCCAGCGGUGAAGAAGGCUACUAUACGGAUGUGUACAAAAGGACACCCAUAAUGUCCACCUAUCUGCUGGCCUUCAUCAUUUCCGAGUUCGUGGCCCGCAAGGACGACAAGUUUGGAGUCUUCGCCCGUCCCGAGUACUAUGCCCAGACCCAGUAUCCCUACAACGUGGGUGUGCAGAUCCUGAAGGAGAUGGGUGUGUACUUGGACAAGGACUACUAUUCGAUGGGCAACGACAAGAUGGAUAUGGCCGCCAUUCCCGAUUUCUCGGCCGGUGCCAUGGAGAACUGGGGUCUGCUGACCUACAGGGAGCGCAGUCUGCUGGUCGAUGAGUCGGCCACCACUUUGGCCUCUCGCCAGUCGAUUGCUGCCGUUGUGGCCCACGAACAGGCGCACAUGUGGUUCGGCGAUCUGGUGACCUGCAAGUGGUGGAGCUACACCUGGUUGAACGAGGGAUUCGCCCGGUACUUCCAGUACUUCGGCACGGCCAUGGUUGAGAAGGAUUGGGAACUGGAGAAGCAGUUUGUGGUGGAUCAGAUUCAGUCCGUGAUGGCCAUGGACUCCACCAAUGCCACCAAUCCGCUGAGCGAUGAGAAUACCUACACCCCUGCCCAUUUGAGCCGCAUGUUCAACAGCAUUUCGUACAACAAGGGAGCCACCUUCAUUCGUAUGAUCAAGCAUACGAUGGGAGAAGCCUUUUUCCAGACGGCCCUGCAGGAGUACCUCAAGAAAUACGCAUAUCUGCCAUCGGUGCCUGAAAAUUUGCUGGGUGCCUGGCAGGCCAAGUGGCCAAAGAGUAGCUACAACGACAGCUCCGAGGCCAUCUUCAAGAGCUUCACCACGCAGGUGGGCUAUCCCUUGGUCAAUGCUGAGGUAGCUGCCGAUGGACUGACGGUCCGCUUCACCCAGAAGCGUUUCCUGCUGAAGGAGAACGAUGGCUCCGAUCCCGAUCUGAAGUACACCGUGCCCAUUUCCUAUGCCACCAGUUUUACGACCACCAAGUUUGCCAACUCCACGCCCAAGUUCAUCCUGAAGCCAGAUGCGACCAUGAAUGUAAUUUUCCCGUCGAAAAUCAAGUGGAUUGUGGCCAACGUUCAGCAGACGGGCUACUACCGAGUCAACUACACUGAGAACAACUGGCGUGCCAUCCACGAGGUCUUGUACACAGCCGACUGGGGCGGCAUCCACGAGAACAACCGUGCCCAGAUUGUCGACGAUCUGUUCAAUCUGGCCAGGGCCGGUAACAUUUCCUACGACCUCACCCUUGAGGUGAUCGAGUACUUGGAGACGGAGACCAAUUACAUUCCCUGGACGUCGGCCUUUAAUGGCUUCAACUUUUUGACCAUUCGACUGGGCAAUGAUACGGCUGACUUUAACAACUAUAUCCAGCAGCUGACCAGCAAGGCCUACACCCAGCUGGGAUUCAAUGAGACCUCGAGCGACUCUGCCCUGGAUAUCUACUUGCGCACCAAGAUCCUUUCCUGGGCCUGUCGCUACGGCAGUGCCGAUUGCAUUAGCAAGGCCAAGAGCUACUUCCAGUCGCUGACCACCGUGCCCAAGAACAUUCGCGCCACCGUCUACUGUGUGGGUCUGCGGGAAGGUGGGGAAUCGGAAUUCCAGGCUCUGUAUGAGAAAUUCAAGGCCGAGACGGUGGCCACCGAGGAAACGCUGCUGCAGAACUCCUUCGGCUGUGUGAAGACCCAGGCCCUGAUCGAGAAGGUCUUCAAUUUGAUCAUCAGCGACGAGAUCCGUCGGCAGGACAAGUCCUCCGUGCUGGCCACUCUCUACACUGAGAACAAUGAGAACGUGAGCCCAGUGUUUGCUCUGGUCACCCAGAAGCACGAGCAAUUGGCUGAGGCCAUGGGUGGAUAUUCCGCAGUGGCCACUGUGAUCUCCAACAUUGCUGCCCGUUUCACCACCCAGCAGCAGUUGGCUGAUCUGCAGAACUUCAACAAGCAGAAUGGCGCCAAAUUCGGCACUUCGCAGGCCACUUUAACCGCCGCAGAGGCGACCGUGGCCGAGAACCUGAGGUGGGCAGCAGACAAACUGCACGUUUUCCGCACCUACCUGUCCAACUACCGCAAUGGAAGUGCCAUGGUCAACGCCUUCAGUGCCAUCAGUCUGCUUUUGUUGUCCCUGGUCACCAUGCUGCGCCAUUAGGCUUAUAUUAACCCACGCGGGAACACAGGUGCAUUCGGGUCAUGAGUACCCUGUUAAGCCAUAAAGUAUUUCGUACGCUUAGAGCACCCAAUAAACUAACAAGCUUUGUAGAUAA